UAUCAUUUGCAGUUAGUGACGGCGGCACUGGUGAGGGCUUCUCUAGCUGGUCCUCAUGGAAGUGGCACCUUGGGAGCCAGCUACGGUGAAGGACAGCUUGUUGGCAGGCAUUCCAGCACGACUGGUGGCAGUGCUGGCAGUGUUGAUGACAGCUACAGAAGAGAGCGUCAGGGUCCAAGUAUCAUCCGUGCUCAGCUUGUUGGCAGGCAUUCCAGCACGACAGGUGGCAGCAGUGGGAGAUAUGGUGAUGGUGGUUAUGGAGGCGGCUACACAGGAGGACGUCAAGGACCCAGUAUUAUCUGUGCUGUGCUUGUUGGGCGCCGCACUAGUACAAGUGGUGGUGUUGGUUAUGGCGGAAGCUAUUGA